CUCAAUCAAAAACUUAAAAAAACACAACCCUUCGGUGGCGGCAUCCGGCGAUCGUUGUACGCCUCGUCUCUAACGAUCUGGCAUCCACUCUGCUUCUUCUAACGGGACCUGAACUUAGAUCUUCGGACCUCCAAUAAGAUUCCAACAACAUUCUUUCACCUCUCUCCACGCGUGCGACCGAAGACGAAGAAGCAGAGGGCCGCAGGCCCUUGAUUGUUUAUCGCAGGCGGGGUCGGGAGAAGCCCACAUCCGUGGGCCAGGCUGGAUGAAGAGUUAUUUAGCUUAAUUCUUAUUUAAUUAGUAUUGGCUUUUAAUUAGUUUCCUAGUUUCAGUUUAUUUCCUAAUAUCAAUAAUUUAGGAGUUUCCUAAAUUAUUUUCAGUUUAUUUCCUAAUAUCAAUAAUUUAGGAGUUUCCUUUAUCCAAGGAUAAGUUGUCUAUUUAUACCUCCUAAAGGGGCUUUCAAACUAUGUUUUAUGAAUAAGAAUUUGUGUGUGUUAAGCUCUUGAGUUUUGUCAACGGUGGUUACCGUUAAUUGUUAUUUUCCGUUCAUAUUAAUUGGUCCGACCUGCCGGAUCCCGUCCCGCCACAAUGACAAGAUCUCAAAGUGAACGUUUGCAAGAAUUGGAGAACGAACAAAGUCGCACGGGCGAAGAAGUAACCCGACUGGGGGCCGAACAAACCCGAACAAACCAAACCCUCGAAGACCAUGGCACGCAACUGGUGGCCAUAAACCAGACACUCAAUAAUCAUGGUACAAAACUGGAGGAGAUUGCCGCCUCACUGGCGGCGUUGACCCAGGCACUAGUACCGCCGAUAGUGCCGAAGACAACCGCCGGUGGUGGAGGUGGCAUCGUGGUAACCACGCAGCAGGGCGAUAACGGGCUGGGCAAUCCAACGCUAACAUUACUUCCGUCAUUCGAUGGGGGGGAUCCCAUCGGGUGGUUAGCACGGGCAGAACAGCAGUUCGAAUUACACAACUCUCCCCCGGGAAAGAAAGUGGCUGCCGCAAUGGUAGCUAUGGAAGGAGGAGCGCUCUACUGGGCAACAUGGCUCAAAUCACGUAAGCUGAGUAUGGGCUGGGAGGAUUUUAAACAAGCCUUGGUAACCAGGUUUGAUUCCCGGUAUAAAGGGAAUAAAUUCGAACGUUUAUCCGGAGCUAAACAAACAGGGUCCGUUCAGGAAUACAAUGUUCUUUUUGUUCAAUUAGCAAGCCAAGUUUCGGGAUUGUCUGAUGAUCACUAUUUGGGUUAUUACAUGAGUGGUCUCAAGGAAGCAAUCCGAAGCGAGCUACGUUUAUUACGACCUGAGAGCCUGGAAACGGCAAUGGAGUUGGCCGGGGAUGUCGAGCACAAUCUGGCCAUUCAGAAUGGAGGGAGAGGCGGACCAAAUUUUAACUCAACCGGGUCUCGAAUAAACAGCUAUCCACGUCCAAACCCGGGUAUGCUUUCAACUACGAGUAACGGCAGUUCGCGUGUCCAGGGGGGCAGCUUGCCGAAAACAACUGGGCCAAUAGUGGGGACCACACCACCAGUAACCGGGACCACGUCCGGAACAUCGGGGCAGGCCACGGAACGCUCCAGGUUUACUCGAAUACCCCCAAGGGUUUACGAUGAUUUACGCGCCAGAGGACUGUGUUUCAAAUGUCGGAAACCCUACUCACCGGGACACGAAUGUCCAUUAAAACAGUUAAGGGUGAUGCUAGCAGACGACGACGAAGAGUUGGACUUACAGCAAUAUGAUUAUUGCGACAUAACGGGGCAGGAGGAAUUUCCGCGAGACGACGACCCUCUCGAGGGACAAGAGGGAGAUUUUCCAGUCUAUGCCAUGGCCGGAAUUUUCAGCCCUCAGACUAUGAGGCUCCGCGGGAUGAUUGGGGGGUGCACGGCCACAGUCUUGAUUGACAGCGGUGCCAGUCAUAAUUUUGUAUCUUCUUCCUUGGUAUCUCUAUUACGACUAAAACAAGACAAGACUGGCAGGUUUGGAGUGCAAUUAGGGGAUGGGCAUAGACAGGAAUCUGAAGGAGUAUGCCGUCAACUUUCCAUUAACUUACCGGGAUGUGCUAUCAAGGCUGAUUGUUUUGUCUUCCCGUUGGCAGGAGUGGAUCUCAUACUAAGAGUUGCUUGGUUAGCAACUUUGGGGGAGGUGCAGACAAAUUGGAAAGAGUUAACCAUGCAGUUCAAACUUAACGGCAAGAAGGUUGAGUUAAAGGGAGAUCCCGCGAUGUGCAAAAAUGCAGUUAGUUUACGGUCUUUACUUAAGACAGCAGACGGAGAGUUCAGGGCAAUUGUCGUCAUCAGGGAAGCUAGUAAAGGGAAGGAAGCAACAACGGAUUCACUAGAUGAUAUCCUCAGUCAGCAUACGGAGGUUUUUGUAGAAGUGCAGGGGCUGCCACCACGCCGAACUAGGGAUCACCGUAUCGAGUUGGAACCUGGGGCAAAACCAGUUUCAGUUCGGCCAUACCGGUACGGUCAUUUACAAAAGGAUGAAAUUGAGAGAUUAGUCAACGAGAUGCUUCAGGCCGGUAUUAUUCAGCCCAGUUCCAGUCCCUUUUCCAGUCCGGUUUUGUUGGUCAAAAAGAAAGAUGGCAGCUGGCGUUUCUGCGUAGACUACCGGGAGUUGAAUAAAUCAACAGUGCCAGACAAGUACCCUAUUCCGGUAAUACAGGAGAUGUUAGACGAGUUGGCCGGCGCUAUGGUCUUUUCAAAGAUUGACUUACGUUCCGGGUAUCAUCAGAUCAGGGUGGCUGAUCCGGACAUCCACAAGACCGCUUUUCGUACUCACAGUGGGCAUUAUGAAUUUUUAGUAAUGCCGUUCGGAUUGACUAACGCACCGGCCACUUUUCAAGCAGUCAUGAAUGAUUUAUUUCGGCCAUACUUACGAAAAUUCGUAUUGGUGUUUUUUGACGACAUCUUGGUAUACAGCAGUUCAUGGGCCGAGCACCGAGAACAAUUGAGUCAGGUUCUGAGCAUUCUAAAAAUAAAUCAGUUCAAAGCUAAUAGAAAGAAGUGCACUUUCGGCCAGCCUCAGGUGGAAUAUCUAGGGCACAUAAUCUCGCAGGAAGGAGUAGCUAUGGAUCCGGCCAAAGUCAAUGCAGUGAUAUCAUGGCCUCGGCCGAAGACAGCCCGGGAGGUUCGAGGAUUUCUGGGGCUAACAGGGUACUACCGAAGGUUCGUUAAAGGAUAUGGACAGAUCGCACGACCGCUUACAGGGCUUUUAAAAAAGGAAGCCUUAACUUGUUUCCGAUGGACAGAAGAGGCCGAGGAGGCCUUCCGGCAACUCAAGAAGGCAUUAACGGAAGCACCCGUGUUAGCCAUGCCACAAUUUGACCGACUGUUUGUGGUAGAAUGUGACGCAUCCGGAACGGGAAUUGGAGCGGUUCUUAUGCAAGAACGAAGGCCCAUUGCGUAUUAUAGCAAAAUAUUAUCUGACAGAACUUUAUCCAAAUCCGCCUACGAAAGAGAGAUGAUGGGAUUAGCUCUGGCCGUGCAACAUUGGCGGCCAUAUUUAAUUGGUCGGAAAUUCAUCGUGCGCACCGACCAUAGGAGUCUCAAACACCUGCUCACUCAACGCAUAGCAACUCCUUCCCAGCAAGUGUGGGUAGCAAAAUUAUUGGGUUACGACUUUGAGAUUGAAUACAAGACUGGCAUCUCCAACGCAGCUGCCGAUGCUCUGUCUAGAAGAGGAAAGGAAGUAGAAUUGGCGGCAGUAAGCAUUCCAGAAUGGAUGGGUCUGGCCGAUGUAGAGGAAGAGCAGCGGAGGGAUAAGGUCUUGCAAGAAAUUGUGGAGGCACUGGCUGUUGACCCGGCAAAAGCGCCAGGAUAUGAAGUAACAGGACGGCGGCUAUUUUUCAAGGGCCGACUGGUCCUGCCAACUAAUUCAAGUUGGAUACCACAAUUACUGGAAGAAUUUCAUGCCACGCCAACCGGAGGACAUGCAGGGGCCUAUCGUACGUACAGAAGACUCGCCAUGAAUGUAUAUUGGAAGGGAAUGUUUCGACGAGUACGAGAUUACGUGGCACAAUGUUUGGUUUGUCAAAAAGCCAAAUACGAGACUUUAUCACCCGCGGGAUUAUUGCAGCCUUUACCAAUUCCCAACUUAAUUUGGGAAGAUAUUUCCAUGGAUUUUAUCACUUGUCUGCCUAAAUCAAAGGGGUAUACGUCUAUUUUAGUGGUGGUAGAUCGACUGUCAAAAUACGGACAUUUUAUUCCCUUAAAAGGUCCCGUCACAGCCUGUUCGGUUGCGGAAGUUUUUUCUAAAGAGGUGGUUAGGUUGCACGGCAUCCCACGCUCAAUUGUUAGCGACCGGGACUCACUAUUUAUUAGCACAUUUUGGAAGGAAUUGUUUGAGUUGUCCGGCACUCAACUGAAAUUUAGCUCGGCUUAUCACCCAGAAACGGAUGGACAAACGGAGGUGUUGAAUCGCGUAUUAGAGACUUACCUUCGUUGUUUCACAAGUGAGCAGCCGAGGCAAUGGAUACGCUGGAUUAGUUGGGCAGAGUAUUGGUAUAAUACCGCUUUUCAGACUGCAGCCAGAGUUACCCCAUUCGAGGUAGUGUACGGACGGCCACCCCCAUCUAUUCGAAGAUUUUUGCCGGGAGAAAGCAGUGUGGCAGCCGUGGCAGAGGUUCUCGGCAGCAGAGAUGUUAUGCUAAGGCGGCUAAAGGAGAACCUACAAAAGGCUCAACAAAGCAUGGCGACACAGGCAAACAAACACCGUCGCAAUGUGGUUUUUCAGGCUGGAGAAAAGGUGUUUUUAAAGGUAAGGCCUCAUCGACAAACAACUCUAUUUCGCCAACCAUAUAACAAACUGUCAGCAAAAUUCUAUGGGCCAUUUAAGGUUGAAAAGCGAAUUGGGGAGGCAGCCUAUCGCCUGGCACUACCUGCCACUAGCCGUAUUCACCCGGUUUUCCAUACAUCUCAGCUGAGAAAGGUAAUUGGCGAUCACCCGGUGGAGAGUGAGCUACCGGAAAGCUUGGAAUUACCUGUGAGUCCAGUGUUCGAGCCUGAGGAAAUAUUAGCUACAAGGAAGAAGAAUGACAAAAAAGAGGAAUUGUUGGUUAAAUGGGCUGGACAGUCUACGGACGAGGCAACUUGGAUGAAUAAAACAAGCUUCUUGAGUCAAUUUCCUGAUUUCAACCUUGAGGACAAGGUUCUUCCAAAGGAGGAUGCAUUUGAUACGGAGCAGACGCGUGCGACCGAAGACGAAGAAGCAGAGGGCCGCAGGCCCUUGAUUGUUUAUCGCAGGCGGGGUCGGGAGAAGCCCACAUCCGUGGGCCAGGCUGGAUGAAGAGUUAUUUAGCUUAAUUCUUAUUUAAUUAGUAUUGGCUUUUAAUUAGUUUCCUAGUUUCAGUUUAUUUCCUAAUAUCAAUAAUUUAGGAGUUUCCUAAAUUAUUUUCAGUUUAUUUCCUAAUAUCAAUAAUUUAGGAGUUUCCUUUAUCCAAGGAUAAGUUGUCUAUUUAUACCUCCUAAAGGGGCUUUCAAACUAUGUUUUAUGAAUAAGAAUUUGUGUGUGUUAAGCUCUUGAGUUUUGUCAACGGUGGUUACCGUUAAUUGUUAUUUUCCGUUCAUAUUACAUGGCAACUGAUUUGUCUUAUUAUUUAGUUUAUUAAGAUUUCCAUUUAAAAAUCUUGGAAUUUGGGUGGCUUGCUAGUUUUUUUGCUAUGAUUCUAUGUUUCUAACUGUUUUAGUGUCUGUAGAACCUAUUUACGACUUUACGUAGUACUAUACUACUUACAUUUAGUAUGAUAUAUUAACUUUAACGAUAUAUAUAAGUUAUUUAACCUAAUCAGCCAUGCUUCCUCUAUUUACCUAAACACUAUCACUAUAUUUCUAUAGCGGUUUUAAACUUUUCUCCGUAAGCUAUUGGCUAUUGAUUACACAGGUAUGUGUAGAGAAUUGCUCCAACUAAAGAGUCAAACUCACAAAAACAAAAACAAAAAAAAAUUCUUAUGGGUAAAGUGGCACACCCAAGCACUACUGUAUAUAUGGAUGCUUUUCAGGACUGAAAUGAAUAUAUUUGAAUGCAAUAAUUCUAGAUUCUGAUGAGCGCAUGACACUAAGAGCUAGCGGGAUUUAUUCCCCUCCCCCCUUUAGCUUAUAAUGAAAAACCAAGAAACCUAAGAACUGGUGGUGUUUCCUUUUAAUUGUAUCUGUUGAUGUAUCUAAAUUGAAAAUGUUACACCCGAACAAGAGGCAGUCAUUUGGCCAAUUGACUCCUGCAGCUUUUGUAGUACCUGAGAAGAGAAACUGUUCUUACUAGCAGUUGUUUUCUCUGAUUCUUACUCCGUAUUACAUUUGAAUGUGAUGUUAAAAAUGAAAUGAUUACAUUUGACAAGAAACCAAGAUCGAGUUGUUUUGCCAUCAAAGGGGAUGCACGUUACCCAACCAAGUGAUUUACUGGAGGCCAUGGGGAUAAAAGAUGGUGCAGUAUAAUUUCAAAAAGAUUACCAUUGUCCCCAAUGGGAAGGAUUUUGUUGACAUCAUCCUGUCUCGUACACAGAGGCAGACACCAACUGUUGUGCACAAGGGCUAUGCAAUAUCUCGUAUCCGUCAGUUUUACAUGCGCAAAGUGAAAUAUACACAAUCGAACUUCCAUGACAAACUUUCCACCAUUAUUGAGGAGUUUCCCCAGGCUUGAUGAUAUCCAUUCUUUCUACGGUGACCUUCUCCACGUCCUCUAUAACAAAGAUCAUUACAAGCUUGCACUUGGACAAAUAAACACAGCAAGGAACCUGAUUUCCAAGAUAGCGAAGGAUUAUGUGAAAAUGUUGAAGUAUGGUGAUUCACUAUAUCGUUGCAAGUCAUUGAAAGUUGCUGCCCUGGGACGAAUGUGUACUGUGAUAAAGCGAAUCACACCCAGUCUGGCUUAUCUUGAGCAAAUCAGACAGCACAUGGCCAGGUUACCUUCAAUCGAUCCGAACACUAGGACACUCUUGAUUUGUGGGUACCCUAAUGUCGGUAAGAGCUCUUUCAUAAACAAAAUUACAAGAGCCGAUGUUGAUGUGCAACCCUAUGCUUUCACCACAAAGUCCUUGUUUGUUGGUCACACUGACUACAAAUACCUUAGGUAUCAAGUCAUUGACACUCCAGGAAUAUUGGACAGACCGUUUGAGGACCGUAAUAUCAUUGAGAUGUGCAGUAUUACAGCUUUAGCCCAUCUCAGAGCCGCCGUUUUAUUUUUCCUAGACAUAUCCGGGUCUUGUGGUUACAGUAUUGCGCAGCAAGCUGCUUUGUUCCACAGUAUAAAGUCUCUCUUUAUGAACAAACCCUUGGUCAUAGUUUGCAACAAAACUGAUUUGCAGCCUCUGGAAGGGAUAUCAGAGGAAGACCGGAAGUUGGUCAUGGAGAUUAAAGAAGAAGCUAUGAAGACUGUGAUUGGACAAGGCGGAGAAGCCAUGGACGAUCAAGGUGUACUUCUACUAUGAGUGCUUUGACUGAAGAAGGUGUGAUUUCUGUGAAGAAUGCUGCUUGUGAGAGGCUGUUGAACCAAAGAGUUGAAGUCAAGAUGAAAUCAAAGAAACUAAAUGACUGCUUGAAUCGUUUUCACGUUGCCAUGCCAAAACCGCGUGACCAGAAAGAAAGGCCGGUGUGUAUACCUCAGGCAGUGCUGGAAGCUAGAGCAAAGAAAGCAGAGGAAGCUGCAGAGAAAGAGAAGAAGAAGUUUGAGAAUGAGAACGGAGGUGCGGGUGUCUACUCUGCUAAAUUGAGUAAGCACUAUAUCUUGGCUGACGAUUCUUGGAAAGAUGAUGUCAUGCUGUCUAGAUCCAGGUCAAGGUCAAAGUCAAGGCUUCCAAACGAAUUGGUGCCUGGUGAAGGAUUCAAAGAUUCUGCACAAAAGUCAAAGGCUAUUGAUUUGGCUAAGAACUCUUCCAAGGUUAGGAACAAGGCAGCCUGCAAGGGUGAAGGUGAUAGAACUAUUCCAAAUCUAAAACCGAAGCACUUUUUUUCUGGCAAACGUUCUAAUGGAAAAAACACAAAGGCGUUAAGGUAUACAAGGUUCUAACGAAAUUUUGCAAAGGUGUUCAGUAUCACAGCUUUUGUUGUUUCCGGGAGAUUGUUGGGAUCAACAUAUGACAUUUCAGUUUUGGUUUUGCAAUUUAUUUAGUGUUGCUUCAAUAUGUUUCUGUUUCUUUAGCUGCUCCGUGAUAUGUUUAAAGUUCAUGUUCUUUAAAGUCCACAUGGGUAGCUCACCAUGUGAUCAGGGAGGUUGUUGAGCAAUGGAAUUGGGUUCGAAUCUUGGCAGUGGCAGUGAUAGUUUCAACCAAUGUAAUGGUUUCCUGUGAAUGUCAGAUACUAGGCUGCCCCUCUCAUUAUAUGUGUGGCAUCGUACCGUACCGUAAUCUAAUUGUACACCACUCUGUCUGAACUAAGUGUAGGGAUACAGGGGUGGGCUUUUCCACCCUUUGAGUUCAAAAGUUACAAUGAGGACCCUCUUUAACAAGAAACAAUAUAAUUGAGUAAUUGUUAC